GGGCUGGGCAUGCGGAAAAGGUGCAGUGGUUAACCUAUUCCCCCGUCAGGCUAUCACACAGGUCGCAGCAAGGAACCCCAGGAGAGGGGAAAAGUUGUGUGUGGCGUUUGCGUUUCCACGACAUGUCACAGUCAACGGCCUUUUUGCAGGCUCGCCACUAUCGUGUCACAUUGGUGCUCGCCUGCGCUGUAUCUGUAUAUAUACACAUACCACACGCGGUGGGGUUGGAUGCAUAGAGAGCAGUUGGAUUGGAUCAAAGAGAGGAGGGCUUUGCUUUCCGUUUUCCUUCUCCAAAUGGCUCAUUAGCUCGUGCUUCUUCCUUCCUUGCUACCGAGUUCGGGGCGCUAACCAAUGCGCAGCGACAAGCUGAUCUCUUUCCUGAUUGACUCUUAUUAGUCUUAGCUCUGCCACGGGAUGGAGGUGGAGGCUCUAGAGAAGGGGUACACAGCUUUUGCCAAGGCGGUGAAGUCUUUUACUUCUUCAGAACGGUACAAGCGAUCAGAGAGCUAUUUUGAGGACAUGUAUGGUACAGAUGCUUUGCGUUCUUCAGACAAGACAAUUGUUCUACCUAUGCCAGAAGCUGUAAAAGCUAAGGUGAAAGGUGAUAUCAGCAAGGAAGCUCAACCUGGAAGGGGAGCACAAAGCACCUUGAGAAAGGAGAUCCUUGAGCUUGAGAAGCACUUCAGGGAACAACAGGUUGUGAGUGGUGCACUGGAAAACGCUUUAGGACCUAACGCCGGUUCAGUCAACUUUUCACCAGAGAAUCCAAUGCCAAAGGCAGCUAAUGAACUGAUACGGGAGAUUGCCACAUUGGAGCUCGAGGUGAAGAACAUGGAGCAGUAUCUCCUGACACUCUACCGCAAAGCAUUCGAGCAGCAAGCGCCGGCACUCUCUCCCCCUGAUUGCCGGGAAGCUUCGAAGCCGUCAGUGAGCUCACGCUUUGGGCAGCUCCGAGAAACACCCGUGGCGGCGAAGUCUUGCAAGAGUGGAGGAGGGGAUGCGGCACUCCGGACCAGUUACCCGCCGCCGGCGCAUAAGAAACUGAACGAUCCGUUGGCAGACUGCUGCACAUCUGCUCGCUCCCAUAGAGCGGUUGAUUCAGAUGUCCUCCGCUGCCAGUCAGCCCUGUCGUACCGCGGAGUUUGCUCGUCCAGGGUACUGCCUUCAGAAGAGGAUGAUGAUAGCCUCGCGAGGGCUCUUCGCUCGUGCCACUCACAGCCAUUCUCAUUCGCAGAGGAAGGAGAGGGGGCCGGUGCAUCUGGAGGAGCGAUAAGCUUAGCAGAGUAUCUAGGAACCAACGUAGCCGACCACAUCCCGGAAACCCCCAACAACCUGUCGGAGGAGAUGGUGAGAUGCAUGGCGGGGAUAUACUGCAGGCUUGCAGACCCUCCCUUGGUCCACCACGGCUCGUCGUCCUCGCCGACAUUGUCCUUCUCCUCGACCACCAGCGCAGUCUCUCCACAGUACGUCGGAGACGACAUGUGGAGUCCCAGCUACCGCAGGAGAGAAGCGACGACCCUGGACUCCCGCCUGAUCAACCCGUUCCACGUCGAGGGUCUGAAGGAGUUCAGUGGGCCUUACAACACGAUGGUCGAGGUUCCUACGAUCAGCCGUGACGGUCGGAGGAUGAAAGAAGCCGAGGACCUGCUCCAGACUUACAGGCUGGUUUUGUACCGGCUGGAAGCCGUUGAUCUGAGGACGAUGACGAACGAAGAAAAGAUAGCGUUCUGGGUGAACGUACACAAUGCCUUGCUGAUGCAUGCUUAUCUGGAGAACGGCGUCCCACAGAACAAAACAUCCCUGCUUGCUAAGGCCGCCUGCAAAAUAGCUGGACGCAGCAUCAACGCGGCCGUUAUCCAGAGCGUUGUUCUUGGAUGUACCACGCACUGCCCCGGACAGUGGCUACGACGGACGCUGCUCUACCCCAGGACCAAAAGCAAAGUGAGCAAAGCGGGGCAUGAGUGGCGAGCCUUUGCCGUCGCACAACCGGAGCCUCUUUUGCGCUUUGCGCUUUGCUCCGGCAGCCAUUCUGAUCCCGCGGUGAGGGUGUACACUCCGAAGCGGCUGUUCCACCAGCUGGAGGCGGCCAAGGAGGAGUUCAUCCGGGCGACGGCCGGCGUGUGGAAGGAGCAGAAGCUGCUUCUCCCCAAGCUGGUGGAGGCGUACGCCAAGGACGUGAGGCUGUCGCCGCAGGGCCUCGUGGACAUGGUCCAGCGCCACCUCCCGGAGACCAUGAGGGUGGCCGUGCAGCGGUGCCAGCAGGGCGGCAGGGCGUCGUCGGGCAAGGUCGUCGUCGACUGGGUGCCCCACAACCCGGCCUUCCGGUACCUGCUCGCAAGGGACCUCGCGUUCCCUCACCUCAGCUGACGCUGACACUGAGCAUAUAUCGAUGGGCAUGGGCUCAAGUAGUAUAUGCAUGUGUCAAAGGGUUAGGACUUAGGAGUAAAGAAGGGAUCGUGUGCAGUUUUUGUGUGGGUGGUUAUCAAUGGCGUGGCGUGUAAAGAUGCUUCUGUAGUCUGUAGAUGAUGAACAGGAAAGGAAACAGUUGACGAAAUGAUAGAAAGCACGUUUGACGGUUGA